AUGCUCACCUUCCCCGCCCGAUACUCGCGCUGGCUGCCUUUGGCUGCUGGGGCAGUCCUCGUCUUUCUUUUCCUGCACCUCCGACACCCUGGCUUUGGAUUGUACAAACCGCAAGCGAUUGGCACCGAACCAUCAGUAAUAAUAUCAUCAAACCAAACAAUCACGACACCCGAUGACAUCAAACUCGACAUCAAACCCGUUGACGCAAACCCCACAUCCGCAACGUGCCGCCCACUUCCCGGUAUCGAAGAUAUCCUCGUUAUCCUGAAAACAGGCAUCACAGAAGCGCAAGAAAAAGUGCCCGUGCAUGUCCGCUCAACACUCCGCUGUAUCCCGAACAAACUAAUCGUCUCGGACUACGAAGAAGAAAUCGACGGAAUCCAUACAUACGAUGUCUUCCGCAACACAAGCUGGGAAGUCCGAGAAAACAUCGACUUCGCACUCUACAAUCGCGCCCAGCUUAAAGGCCGCGCCGGCCUCACAAAAGGAGAUGUAGCCAAGGUCGCCAACAGCGCAUCCGGAAUGAUGGGCAACCCAGGCUGGAAGCUCGAUAAAUGGAAGUUCCUACCAAUGGCCCUGGAGGCACGGAACUACAAAGCCGAUGCGAAGUGGUAUGUCAUCCUCGAGGCAGACACAUACCCGAUCUGGCCGACUCUGGUAGCGUGGUUGAAUCAACUGGACUCAAGCAAGAAACUCUACCUUGGCAACCAGAUGCAGAUCGGGGAGGACGUCUUUGCGCAUGGUGGAUCGGGUGUUGUUCUUUCUCAUGCGGCUAUGCAUGGACUCGCAGAUGAGUAUCAGAACCAUAUGGAUGAUUGGCACGCCCAGACAAGUACGCAUUGGGCUGGUGAUUGUAUCAUGGGCAUGGCGCUCAAGGCUAUCGGUAUCCCGCUUACAUGGUCUUGGCCGCAUGUUACCGGGCAGUCUAUCUGGGAGCAGGAUGCUAUCAAUGAGGCAUAUGGAAGAAAGCAGUGGUGUUAUCCGCCUUUUACAUUCCACCACAUGACGACAACGGACAUUGAAACGAUGUUCGAGUUUGAUGUGAAAUGGCAUGCGGAUGAAAAGAAUUCCUUUCUACUAUACAAAGAUUUCUUCCGCCUCCUCGUCCGGCCAAACCUGACAGACACCCGAGAAAAUUGGGAUAAUUUCGCUCCGAAGGUGAUAAAGAAAGAAGGCGAUGAAAAUGCACCCUGGACACACUAUGAGUGCGCAGAAGAGUGCGCCAAACGGGUUAAUUGUAUGCAAUACAGUAUCGACAAGGCUGGCACCUGUAAGCUCUCCGACCUCGCACUUGGGGGCCGACCCUCAGCAGAUGUCACGUCAGGUACGAUGAUGUGGAGGAUCGAUGAAAGGAUACGUUCUUUGGGUGACUGUGAGAGCCCCGAGUGGGUAUCUGCAUGA